CUAAUUUAUAUUUUGCAUCCUAUUGUGGUAUCUUUUUGUGAUAGUAAGUUUUCAGAUGAAGCCAAGGAUAUUGCGUCUAGCAUGAUAUAUGCUUCAACUAGGUGUGGUGAGUUGCCAGAGCUACGUUCACUCAGAGAUCUUUUCAAACAUCAUUUCGGACAACCAUUCGACAAAACUAAUAUUGAGUUGCUCCCCGGGAACAGGGUAAACAUGCAAAUCAAGAAGAAUCUAUCUAGGGAGCCAAUAAUGGAAGAUGUCAUGCUUCAACUAACAAAUGAUAUUGCUAAUGAGUACGCAACUUCAUUGGAUCCUCAAUUUAAGGUACAACCAUGUAGAUAUUUAAGACAUAGGUUUCUAUUGCUUUCAGACUUAAACUAAUCACACCAUAUCUAAAAUUUUCAGUCCAAGCUAAGUGCACCUAAGACGAGACAUGCAAUCAUGAGCAUAUCAAUUUUCUUAUAUACAUGAACAUGGCUUGAUUAUCGUUUCAUGUUUCUUUGUUAUAGUCACUUGCGCAUGAUAUUUAUAUUGCACCUUGUGAGUCGGAGAAAAGGGAGGAACAUUGGGAGUCAAUAAAUAAUGAUGCACUCAGCUAUAGAAAUAAGAGGGCAUUGAAGCUACAAGGAAUUCUACAAAGGAUUAGAUCAAACUUUACAUCGACAAGAGAGGAUGUCACAAGCAAUAGUCCAAGAACUUCAUCCCUUUCUAUUCAAGGGAAGAGAAUUGUAUCUAUUGGUGAAAGAAGAGUAGAGACACAUCACGUGGAAGGUCUUUCUAGCAGCUCAAAAUCCUACACUCAAAAAGUAAGAGAUCAAAGAUGUAACUUUGUGACACCUAAAGAUGAUGUAAGUUAUAUUCGGAAAGAUAGAAUAACCUCUAAAGAUUCUUAUGGAGCCAAUGAAGAGAAGAAGACACAUAUUACUCAUGUCCAUCCCAAGCUUCCAGACUAUGAAACAUUAGUAGCCAAAUUCAUGGAUAUCAAGAGACAAACCACAAACCAAAACAAGCCACUUACAAGGUGGAUGAGGUGGUAGGUCAACUAGAGCACUCACUUCAAUCGUGUUAAGACUACAUGAAAAUGUUACCCUGUCUCUAGCUAAAUUAUUAUGAUAUCAGUUAUUAUACAUGUUCUCAUGGGUACAUGACAAAUUGUGUCUGUGUCACUACGGAUUGGAAUAGGCUAGGCACCCUGUUAAGAGCCUGCAACCUGACUUGUUUAAGGCUCAGUCUGGCUUAGAUACUCUUAAUAGAGCUGCCCUUGAAGUUGUAAUUACAAGACAAAGGAAAAUCUUCUAUUUAUAGGCUUAGCAAGUAAUCUCAUGGAUGGUUAAUAUUAACCACAUAAUCAUUAUCUCUACUAAGCAUAAUAAUGAUUUUCUAGUUAUGUUGGUAAUGAUGAUAAUGAAGAUAGUGAAUGUUUAAUUAUACGAUGAAGUAUUAAUUAUAUUCCACAUUUAUAUUAAAAAUGAUAAUUU